AUGGGGAAAUACAUCGAAGAAGAUGAUAAUCAGGAGACGUUGCAUUCGUUUGCCACAACUGAAUCAAAAGAGAAUUAUCCCUAUACAAUCUUUGAGAAACGAGAAAAGUUCUUGUUGAUCUUAAUCUUGAGUGCUAUUGGCUUUUGGAGUACAAUAAGCUCUCCCAUAUAUUUUCCUGCGUUGCCAACAUUGACUUCCGAUUUCCAUACAUCAGUAUCUAUGAUGAAUAUAACGGUUGUUUCUUAUCUCCUAUUUCAAGGACUAGCACCAACAGUGUCAUCUAACAUUGCAGAUACAAUUGGAAGACGGCCGGUUUUACUUGCAAGUUUGUUGAUAUAUAUUGCCUCAUGUAUUGCAUUGUCACAGACAGAUGUUUAUUGGUUGCUAAUUCUAUUACGAUGCAUACAAGCAGCUGGAAUUGCCCCUGUUAUAUCUAUUAGUUCAGGUGUCUCAGCAGAUGUGUGUACUACUGUUAAUCGUGGUGCAAUGGUUGGGGCAGUCACUGGAUUCCAGUUCGUUGGAAACGGCAUUGGUGGAUUGGUAGGAGCAGCUUUGAUCAGUGGAUUUGAUACAUGGAGGUCUAUGUUUAUAUUUUUGGCCAUUGGUGGCAUGGUAACAUUGCUAGCUGCAAUAUUUGUUUUACCUGAAACAUCACGUAAUAUUGUUGGCAAUGGCACUGUAGUGCCAAAAAAUAUUUUGAACAAAUCUGCUUUGAUAUGUAUGCCAUUUUUUAAAAAGAAGUUGACAAACGAAGUUCUGACCAUAACACCUAAAAACCCGUUUGACAUUUUGGGUCCUUUUAGAAUAUUCAUUGAAAAAGAGAUCUUUUUUACUUUGUUACCACUGGGUAUGCACUUUGCAGCUUGGACUAUUGCACAAGCAUCUUUAUCUACAGAGUUGGAGUCCCCGAAAUACAAUUAUAGCGUUAUGCACGUUGGUCUCAUAUACUUACCUCAAGGUCUUGCUUGUCUUUUUGGAUCACUAAUAGUGGGGAAAAUGAUGAAUUGGUACUAUACUUAUAGAAGAAAGUUGUAUGAUACUCAAAUGGAGAAUGUACCAAUUCACGAGAGACCGCCUUUCAAUAUCAUUGCCACAAGGUUAACAUUAACGAUUGUCCCAACAGUGUUGAUGGUAAUCGGAUUGGUUACCUUCGGAUGGUGCAUACAAUUCCAUAGACACAUUAUAUCCAUUAUAAUAUCAUCCAGCUUGAUAUCAUUUUCAUCAACGCUAUUGAUAUCAAUUUCUACAACCAUGUUGGUUGAUCUACACCCCACCCAGGGAAGUGCCUCUUCUAGUUGCCUCAACUUGAUGAGGUGUUGGCUAGCUGCCUUAUUUGCUGGCGUAUUAGACAAAAUGGUAUCGAGUAUGAACCUUGGCGGAACCUACACGUUAAUGGCUGGAUUAUGUUUGCUAAGUGACUGCGGGUUGGUUCUAGUUUUAUACUGGGCAAAGCAGACUCAAGAGACAUUUAGUCUGACUGCAAGUACCAGAGUUCAGUCCGCUGCUAGUUCUUUCAUAGAGAAGUAA